AUGAAUUCAAACAACAACGAAGUACCUACAUCACCUGAGAAAGAAGACACCAAAAUAGUCGAAGCCCACUCUGAAUUGAACUCGAGGCAAUCAAUAAACCAAGAUUGGCAAGGCGACAGGUCAUUGGGUGAAUGUAUGCAAUAUAUGUUGACCAAUGGAAUUGGUUGUGAUGUUUCGUUUUUUGUUGGUCCCGAAAAGGUUGCGGUUCGAGCUCAUAGGCUGAUUCUAAUUGCAAGAAGUCCAGUAUUUUUCAAGAAACUUCGGCCAAGUUCGGAAGAAUUCCGAUCUAAGAUGACUAUAUCUGACAUAAGUGUGGACACGUUCCUUAGAUUUGUUCGAUAUCUUUACACUGACGAAGCUUCGUUUGAUUUAAAAACAGCCACUUCAUUGCUCCCCGUUGCUCGCCGGUUUAAAGUUAACCGUCUUGUACAACUUUGCCUGAGUGUCCUUCACGAUGGAGUAGACUGUGACAACGUUUGUAUCUUACUGGAUGAAGCUAUUCAAUCCCAUGCAUUACAGAAGCGAGAUAGAGCCAUGGAUAUCAUUAACAAGACAACUCGUAUAUGCUUAAAGUCGCGGGCUUUUCGCAGUAUUGGACAAGAAGCUUUUGAUUACAUUUUAAAGUCGAACGAGUUAAAUAUUUCGGAGGAAGAACUGUACGAAUGUAGUUUGGAAUGGGCUACUACUCAAUGCCAGAAGAAACAAUUAGAAACGACAGAUGGGAACCUGAGACAACAACUGGGAAACAGUUUAUAUAGAAUUAGAUUUACUCUGAUGCCGAGGGAAUAUUUUCAAUAUAAGAUUGAAAAAAGUGAAAUACUCACCGGAGAAGAGAAGGACGAAAUCACAGAGUGCAUUACCGACAGGAGCUUCAGGAAAGAGAACUUUAAAUUUGACAAAGAUUUGAGGACAGUUACAGAGUAUUUUCGACUUUUACGAUUUAUGCAACUUGACACAAAACUAAAAGAACACACGGGUCGCCCAGAUGCAAUCAUGUUCGAAACCUCAAAGCCAGUAUGGUUUCAUGGGGUAGUUGUAUAUGGUUCCUUUAUCGAGCAGUCCAUAAAUAUUCAUGUCAAAAUUACCGAUGCUAGAUUAACCAUAAUCAGAGAACUAGGCCAGACAUUUGAAAGCGUGGAGUCGGAGGAAAUGCACGAUGUGCUUCUUUCAACACCCUUUGAAACAGUCCCUGGAUCGCGAUACAACGUUGUGGUCACUAUAGUUGGUAAAUUCAGACAUCUAUUUCGGGGUAUCGCAGGGAAAAGAUCGCUGACCUUUAAGGAUUCGGAGAUAACUUUCUAUGAAUCGGGAUGUUCCUCAAAUGGAACCACUGUCGCAGAGGGACAGAUUCCGGGGUUUCUUUUAUCAUAAAUAGAAAAAAAAGUAUCUGGUAUUACCAAAGACGCUUUCAGCCACUGACUGACUCGUGUUAAUAUACAAUCCUUUGAAUCAAGUUGUAAUGGACAUGGAAGGGAUAUCUAUAGCAGUGAGGAAAGAGACACAUGGUCAUAUCAUGACCAGCUUGAAGAAGGCCGGAUGGCCAUGACCAUUUGUAUGCGUGUAUGUAAAUAUAUCUCCUUGGAGGAAGAACAUUGUAUAAAGAUUUAGGAAAAUAUUAUACAAUUAUUGCUUGUUUUUUUUUUUAGGUCAAUACGAUAAAAUUGAGCUACCAGAGAAGUAAAAUAUUCACCGAGCCGGAGGCAAGUGAAUAUUUUACUUCGAGGGUAGCUAAAUCAUCGUUAUGAUCGAAAAAACAGCUAUAAUUAUGUUAUCAUAUGAUUUAGCGACAAAUUGAUACAUCCAUAUCAAACUGAGUGUUAUCAAGCGAGAUUUUAGUUUGAAACCAUAUAUUUCAUUGGACAAUCUAUUUUUAGUCCAAUGAAGAGAAAAUCAAUGUUAUAUUGACCUCCUAGGCCACGUGCAGGUGAAUAUUAUGUUCUGGGUUUUUUUUUUUCUAGAGAAUUGGAUAUUAGCCAAUCACGGGGCUAGGAAUUAAUCGAUUAUGAAAUAAUAUGUUUUAUAUGGGUAAUUUUUUGUUGAGCGUUUAUCCUCCUUAAGGUGUAAAUUAGGAAGUACAUGUGUAUCAUUCUAAACAAUGUAAACAUGGCUUUUUCCAAAACUUGAUUUUAGAUUUGCA